AUGGCGUUCCCUAGGAGCCUCUUCUUAAUCCUCGCCAUCAUCAGCCUUGUAUUGCGUGCCGCAAAUGCAGCUAACAUGCCCGCUGGCGGAUGCCACACUCGCUACGUCUGCCCCUACAUAGACAAUCUAGCUACCGCAACGAUCUCGCAGUCUACUUACACCAGCUACAAAUACAUCGGCGAUUACCAGGGGCUGUUCAACGACCAGGGCGGGCAGUUCGUGCCACACCAGCGCGGAUCCGGCCCCGUGAACUUCGAGCGGUACACGGAGGUGGGGACCAUCUUCGACGUGUGCUACCUGCUGGAGAAGAACGGCGGCUCGGGCACGUCGGGCUCGUUCAAGACGCCCAACGCGGGCGACGCGGCCACGCAGACUGCGAAUGCGGCGUUGUACCCGCUGAGCUUCGUCGGCGGGCUCUGCAACGGCACGGCGCUCGUGGAAAAUGACCCGCAUCUCACGGGCGCGCACGGAACGCACUACGAUUUCACCGGGCGGCUCGACAAGUCGUUCUGCCUCUUCUCCGACCGUCGAUUCCACGUUAACAUGCAUCUGGAUGGUUACCAAGGCGCACCUCCCGCGAUUUCCGCGUCAGCGAAGUCGAAUGAGAACAAGGAUUCGAGCACGGAGCUGCACACGUGGAUUAAGGAGGUCGGCGUGGUAUGGAUGACGCCCGACGGCGCGAACCACACGCUGCGCAUGGUCGCGCGCAAGGGAAAGCAGCAGGAGCGCGGGGAUAACGGCUUCAUCUCGCUGCUCGAGGUAGACGGCACGACGAUGGCGCCUCCAAGCGUCGGCGAGUCGAUCUCGACGAACAGCAGGCUGGUGGUUACCAAAGUCGCGGAGGAGAAAGAGGGGCCGUUUGACGUGGAUCAAUUCAAGGUGCGCGUGGCGGGCCUGGGCGAACUGGACGUGCGCGUGCGCGUGGCGCACCCGCUGCUGCAAACGCCGACCGAGGCGGAGGCGCACUUCAACGUCGAACUUUCUGACGUGAAGAUGACGUCAGCCGCACACGGCGUGCUGGGGCAGACGUUCAGGAACUCGCCGGAGCAGCUGCAGCGCGCGGUGAAGUACUCACACUUGGCGGCGCUGCUGCACCACCCCGUGGACGUGGAUAAGGCUGAGGGCAGGGGGUUCCUGGAUGGAGAAGUGGAGGACUACAUCUCCUCGUCAGUCAUCGCCCCGGAUUGCAAAUAUGCCAGCUACGGCACCAGCUCAGACGCCUGA